AUGGCUUCUAACACAAGUUUCCUCUUCGCCACCCUCGCUAUUCUCUUUGUUCUCAACGUCUCCGGCAGAGCACUCCCGGAGACGGCAGAUUCCACCAACAUAGCGGCGAGACUUACCGGAGGAGGACUGAUGCAAUGUUGGGAUGCUCUCUACGAGCUCAAAUCAUGCACCAACGAGAUCGUUCUCUUUUUCCUAAACGGCGAGACCAAACUCGGUUCGGACUGCUGCAACGCCGUUGACGUCAUCACCACGGAUUGUUGGCCGGCGAUGCUUACUUCUCUUGGAUUUACACCUGAGGAAACCAACGUCCUUCGUGGUUUCUGUCAGUCCCCAAGUUCUUCUUCUCCGGCGCCUUCUCCUUUGAAAGUUUGA